AUGGGAGAUUUGCCUCCAGAUCGGAUUACCGCUGCUAGACCUUUCUCAGGUGUAGGCACCGAUUUUGCUGGACCAUUUUCCAUCAAGGUUUCAUCAAUACGAAACGCCAAGAUCGCAAAAGGGUACCUCUGUGUUUUUGUCUGCCUUGUUACAAAAUCUGUACACCUGGAGGUGGUGUCAUCACUCAGUACUGAAGCUUUUAUUGCUUGUUUGUCUCGUUUUGUCAGUCGUCGAGGGUUACCAAGUUUGAUUAGGUCCGACUGCGGGACAAAUUUUAAGGGAAGCGAACGUUACCUUGGGGAAGUUAAUAACUUUUUGACUGAAAACCAAGUGCCUAUUGAAAAUUCACUUUCUCGUCGUGGUAUUAAAUGGAAAUUUAGUCCAGCAGGCUAUCCAUCUUGGGGUGGAAUAUUUGAGGCUGUAGUUAAGGUGGCAAAAACUCAUCUUCGACGAAUUAUAGGGGAAUCAAUUCUUACAUUCGAAGAAUUAGCAACGCAGCGGGUUCGUUGGAUAGACAAAACGGAUCCGCCUAGGGUUGGGGACUUGGUCCUUAUCAAUGAACCAAAUAUGCCACCAUUAUCUUGGAGACGUGGUCGCAUUAUUAAACUAUUCCCGGGAGCGGAUGGUACCCCGCGAGUCGCCGAGGUCCGCGUUGGGGAAUCGGUUUUAAAAAGAGCCGUGGCGGGCUUGUCACGUCUCCCAGUGGCAUAA